GGGUAUUCUUGGCAGUGGGCGGCAGGGAAGGGGGCGGCACCCCCAUGAAAACCUCCGGCCGGGUUCUCUUGGUCUUCAAUCGUUUAGGGACGGGGAGUCGAGAGGCAGUCUCCAUCAGAGAAGGAAGCAGCCUGUCUGUAGUGUUACCUGUGUGAAGGUCCACCACCGCCGCAGAAAUGCCCUUCAAGCCUCCAUCUACCCCAAAAUGCCCCAAGUGCGAGAAAUCUGUAUACCACGCCGAGGCUCGGGUGGUGGGCGACGUGUCCUUCCAUAAGGAGUGCUAUAAGUGCAGUAUGUGCAACAAGAUGUUGGAUUCGACCAACUGCAACAUGCACGAGAAUGUUUUAUACUGCAAGACCUGCCACGGCCGCAAGUUUGGUCCUAAGGGCUACGGCUUCGGCGGUGGCGCUGCUGGUCUCAGCAUGGACACUGGCUCACACCUCGAGAGAAACGAUUACGUUAAGCCGUACAAGCCACCACAAGCUGAACCAGGAGAGGGUUGCCCGCGCUGCGGUGGCAAAGUCUUCGCUGCCGAACUGAUGCUGGCCAAGGGCAAGAGUUAUCAUCGAACUUGCUUCAAUUGCAAGGCUUGUCGCAAGCCUCUCGACUCCGUAGUUCACUGUGAUGGACCUGACAAGGAAGUUUAUUGUAAAGUGUGCUAUGGAAAGAACUUUGGACCCAAAGGUUACGGCUUUGGAUCAGGUGCAGGAACGCUUACCUGUGGCUACGAUGAAAUCGCUCCGCUGGUACGGCCUCAUGGUAACCCCGACGCCAUCUUGCCGGUCAUGGAGGGCGAAACAGCGUGCCCGCGCUGCGGCGGUCGCGUCUUCAGCGCAGAGAUGAUGCUAGCCAAGAACAAGCCAUUCCACAAGAAGUGCUUCAAGUGCAGAGUGUGUAAACGACCUCUAGACUCCAUGACUCACUGUGAUGGCGCCGACGGUGACAUCUACUGUAAGCUCUGCUACGCUAAGAAGUACGGUCCUAAGGGCUACGGCUUCGCUGCUGGCGGUGGCGGCGUCCUGGUGGCUGAGAACAUCCCGGGAGGUGAGGCCAUGCCAGGGGUCAACCCUGGCUCUGCAGUGCUGGACGUGAGCAAGAUCAAGGCGGAAGAGGGCCAGGGUUGCCCACGUUGUGGUGGCAAGGUAUUCAUGGCAGAGGAGAUCAACGCUCGUGGCAGGUCCUUCCACAAACGGUGUUACAACUGCUGUCACUGCCACCGUCCUCUCGACUCCAUGACGGGUUGUGACUCUCCCGACGGUGAGGUCUAUUGUAAACUCUGCUACGCUAAGAAGUACGGACCUAAGGGCUACGGCUUCGCUGCCGGCGGUGGCGGCGUCCUGGUGGCUGAAAACAUUUCUGGCGGUGAUGCACAUACAACCCUGGCCAAGAAGGCAGAUGCUGGCCGCUUGAACGUAAGUAAAAUCAGGGCAGACGAGGGGCAGGGCUGCCCUCGUUGUGGUGGCAAGGUCUUCAUGGCAGAGGAGAUCCACGUCCGUGCCCGCAGUUGGCACAAGUUCUGUUACACUUGUUGUCACUGCCACCGUCCUCUCGACUCCAUGGUGGGAUGCGAUGCCCCUGACGGGGAAGUCUACUGUAAACUUUGUUACGCCAAGAAGUACGGCCCCAAGGGCUAUGGCUUCGCGGCAGGCAGCGGCGGCGUCCUGGUAGCUGAGAACAUCCCGGGCGGAGUGGCACAGUUGCCAGGCAUCAGUGCAGCUACAGGAGCUAUAGACACUACGUCCAUACCCGCAGCCGCAGGGGAAGGAUGCCCGCGCUGCGGCGGCAAGGUGUUCUCCGCAGAGGAGAGACUUUCCCGCAACAAGAGGUGGCACAAGCGGUGCUACAGCUGCCGACUGUGCUACCGCCCCCUGGACUCCAUGGUGCUAUGCGACGCUCCUGACGGUGACAUCUACUGUAAACUCUGCUACGCCAAGAAGUACGGUCCCAAGGGCUACGGCUUCGCUGCUGGCGCUGGCGGCGUCCUUGUGCCAGAAAACAUCUCAGGAGAGGACGACCUGGCAACACAGUCGACUGGAGAUAACCAGCUGGUGACCAGUGCUGCCUUUACCGUCCUCGAUGUCACCAAGAUUGCUGCCAAGGAAGGCCAGGCACGGUGCCCACGCUGCGCAGGAGCUGUCUUCCAGGCGGAGUCCAUGCCAUGCAGAGGCAAGGAAUGGCACAAGAGCUGCUACAACUGUUGUGAGUGCCACCGCCCUCUGGACUCCAUGUUGUCUUGUGACGCCCCUGAUGGUGAGAUCUACUGUAAGUUGUGUUAUGCCAAGCGUCACGGACCUAAGGGUUACGGUUAUGGUCACUAUCCUGCUCUUGUCUCCAUCGGUACUGAAGACGGAGCACCCAUGCCCACUGACAUCCGACAGUUUGGGUUCGGUGCCAGACCUACUAAAACCUGGGCCCCACACGCUGGUCCCCAGCGGCCUGCAGCAGCCCCAGGCAGCGCCCCAUGGAGAACAGGAGGUGCCGCUAACCCCCAGGUACAACUAAUUAUUCCCCCACCUCAGCCGGUGCCCAUAGGCUCAGCUGUGCCCAUACCUCGUGGGUUUGACUCGUCGCAGGGUCCCUGGGGUGUCAGGCAGUUACAAAAGGAGGGUAGUAGCCAGGAGGUGCAGCAGGUGACCGUACAGAGCUCUUCUCAGGUGACGGUGCAGACGAGCGGCACCCAGGUGGUCGGCGAGCAAGGUGUGAAGCAGGUGAGUGUGGUGGAGCAAGAGAAGAAGUCGGGUGAGCAGCAGGUGAGGAUCGUCCAGCAGGUGAGGGUCGUCCAGCAGGCUCCUACUGAGACGGUGGUUGAUCAGGCGUCAGCCCAGCAGGUGUCGCAAACUAUCGAACAGCAGGCGUCGCAAGUUAGCGAACAGCAGGUAUCACAAGCUAGCGAGCAGCAGGUGUCACAAGCUAGCGAGCAGCAGGUGUCACAAGCUAGUGAACAGCAGGUGUCACAAGCUAGCGAGCAGCAGGUGUCACAAGCUAGUGAACAGCAGGUGUCACAAGCUAGCGAACAGCAGGUGUCUGUGAGCAGCAGCGUUCAGGAGUCUGUGAGCAGCAGUGUACAACAAUCUGUGAGCAGCAGUGUACAAGAGUCUGUAAGCAGCAGUGUGCAGCAAUCUGUAAGCAGCAGUGUACAGCAGUCCGUGAGCAGCAGCGUACAGCAGUCCGUGAGCACCAGCAGCAGUGUACAGCAGUCUGUAAUUAGCAGCAGUAGCAGCAGCGUGAGCCAGCAGCAGGUGUCAGUAGGGGGUACGAGAAUCAUCACAAGAAAAGUUCGCAGAAUCAUCAAAAAGGGAGGCGUCCAGCAGCCUGGCGUCACGCAAGGUCCUGACGAGGAAGAGGAGGAGGAAGAAGAGGAAGAGGAGGAGGAGGAGGAGGAGGAAGAGGAGGAGGAGGAAGCGUAGACAGUUCUCCAGGUCCGCCAUGCUGUUGAUGAUGACGACCGCGAUGGUCAUCAACCAUUUGAGGGACUACAGCAGCCUCCUCAUUGACGCCCAUCAACCAGCUGCCUCAGCCACGCCCAUCAUCCAGCUGGAAUACUACACCAGCUGCUUCAGCAACCACCAAAAAGAAAAAAAAGCUUUCCUUUUUCUCACCCGCUGCGUGAGGCACUACUUCGAUGUCCUCAAAUUGGCUUUCUCUUAGCUGGUGUAUUUCGAUGUUUAAAAUAAUAAAUUGGUGUUGACAAAUUUAUGUACCUCCUACAACAUUAGUCAUUCUGUGCACUAGUGUCCGAUUGUGUGUCUAAACGUCACAAUAAACUAGUAGUAAUUCCAAUUGGCCGCUUGCAAAGCGUUAGCCUAUUUCGUGGUUGCUAGCAUAUCAGCUUUUUUCCGCAUAUGAUUGGUGUCCAGUUGUUAUUCGGCUACUAAAUGGGGCCAGAAAACAGUAGAGCGAUCAUCUUGUUGCAUGUAGGUUAGAAGGAAAUAAAUAAUGCACUGAAUUCAUUGACAGACUGACAGUCAACGAAGGUCUUCCCUGAAGAUAAUGUUAAGAUCAGUUCCCCACCGCUGAGGAUGGAUUCUCCUUGUUAUUCCGAAACGAUUUCUUUUUCUUCGAGUCGUGUAAGAGUUAGACUAUCACGCUUGUAUCCCUCGACAAGAGCGCUCCCUGAUCUACUAUUGAGAGGGAUAAGCUGUCGAACGAACGAACGAUGAGGCGGAGACGGUGGGCAGAGAGCGAGAGAUCCCAGUGCUGGAACACUGCUACCCUGUGAUCCUCGUCUCCACCUACCCACCUCCAGCUUGCUUAGCGCUACCCUGCCUACCAAUACCACUCUUAAUACGCUUCAUGUAACUGUGCUAGUUAUAGAGACGUUGUAGUCAAGAAUAUUUGUUUAGUUUCACGUUAAAUCAAUGAGCAGGGACGAUGACACAGGUUAGGAGAUACGACGUGCGAUCACUUGGGAAAUUCAAGAUCAAAGUCGUGUUCGGAUAAUUUAGUUUUAAAUUUCCAGAUGCAUGUUAAUGGAGGUUCUAACCUCUGAGAAUUAUAUUCAGCUACUGCUGAAGCACAGCUGAUGCAAUGUAGUGGUAGCAAUCAUCAGGUUUCCUGAAACUGCAAUGACAGACUGACAAUAAGUUCGAAAAAUUCCUGGAAUAGCUGGAAAUAACUUCAAGCACGAUCAAGCUCAAUAACUCUCGGGUUAUGAGCACAGAUAUUGAUGCAAUAAAUCUUGACUAAGCUUAAAAUAGCGAUAUGCGAGCCAUAACCUGCUUUUCGAGGCGUAACUUAAGGAGUUCGUCUCUCCGACAGGCAAAAUGCUAGUUCCUUUUUUAUAGUAAUAUAACUAUAUUGUAUAGUCUAUUAUUAUGAUUAUUGUUAUUGUGAGAGAGAGCAGAGAGCUAGUUGAAUCUAACUCAGCAUAAUGAAGUGUAGAAGCUCUCCUGGUUUGUGUCACAAAGAGAGAAAAACUCUAUUGUCCUGGGUCGCUUCUUGCCAGUGAGAGGAUUGACAAGCAGCGCCCCUGGGUGCAGUUUAUAUAUGAUAGAGGCGAAGUUAAUAUUAACCUUCCCUCUGUUUCUACCUUUAAUUGUUUAACGAAUGAAAAGCGAGAAGUACACAGUGAGUGUCUUCGCUAAUGCAAACACAUAAACGAGUAGAAUUUAACUAACAGGUCCAAAGAUGCGAUAUGUGUAUCAUUGACCCUGGGUGUAUAGGGUUAAGAGGAAGGUUCUCCGUGCCUAGCCAGGCGAGGGGACAAGCGUUACAGCAGGGCACGAGAACUUUCUCAAUCGUGUUCAAUCCUACUAUUUUAAGAACUUCGUUUUUAUUUUAGCCUCGUACAAGAACCCCGAUGCAGCUUCUCUUGAAUUUAUUUUCCUUGUAUGGUUCAGUCUGUAUGGGUGUUGUACGAGGCGUUAAAAACUGUGUGGUCCUCUCCUCCCCCGGCUAGUUAGUAAGGCAUUACUCCUGACUAAAUGCUUCUCAGUCACCCUCAGUAGCCGAUCUUUAUCCUUACUGACUUAAAAUACUCGACUGACAUUGUUGGAGAGGUAACAGAAGCCUGAUAUACCAUCAACCAACACAAAGACCCCAAUAGAAGCAAGUCACCUUGGGGUAAUCCCGGGUAAUUUACACAUAUGUAACUACGUAUGAUCAUUGUACUUAUGUGUACCUGUACCUAAAUAGUCUUACUAACCACCGUAGUGUUGGGAGUUAGUGUCACAGCGGCUAAGACGCCUGUAACACCACUAAACACGCCACUUCUGGAGGUCAGGACACCACAGUUCCAACAUUUAUGUUAUCAUCGUCAUUAUUACCAUAGUUUUUACAAAGGUCAACUGGUCACCCGGAUUUUCAAUUUGCCGAGUCCUAGUCAAUUAUAAUGUGGUGUUUAUAUUAGCCUAGUGUUCUAAUUUUUUUUUCUGGAGUAGAUGGACAUAAAAAAAAUGAUCGCAAAUAUGUAUCUCACUCUUCACUUGUUUCAAUUAAAUAUUAAAUGUUUUCUCAGUU